AUGACAAAAGGGCUAAAUAAUCAACAAAAAAAUUUAAAAUAUAAGCCAAUAGAUAUAAAUAAAAAAUUACUUGUAAUUAAAUCAGGAGAAGAUUUAAAAAAGUUAAUAAAAAAAGAUAAUCCAUCUGAUGAAGAUAUAUCACAAUUAAAAUCAUUAUUAGAAAAUAAUGAAACAAAAGCAGAAAAGAAAAAAAAAAAUAUUAUAAUCCCAAGAUUUAAAAUAUGUGACGAUAAUAAUUAUAAACUGAACAAAUUUGAAAAACCAUCCCAUUAUAUUAGAUAUGAAUUAUAUAGAGAUCAGGUAACAGGGAUAAAAUUAAGUGAUGGAACAAUAAUUCACUAUGAUUUAUUGAAAGAAGAUGAAUUAUUUUUACAAAAUUUAAAUUCUUAUUUAAAUAUUGAGGUAAAUAAUGAAGAUUUUAGUAAGUUAAUAGAUAAGUUUGAAAAAUUAACUGGGAAAUCAGAUAACAAAGAAGAAAUAAACUUUAAAGAUGCUUUAAAAGCAGCGAGUGAAUUAAAAAUAACAUAUAAAAGUAGUGUAAUAAAAGAUAUUUAUUCAUACUGGAAAAAUAAAAGAAAAAAAUUAGGGAGACCGUUGCUCCGAAUGUUUUGGAGUAAUUCCCAAAAUAGUUUACCACACUAUUCUGUGUUUAGACCAAGAGUUAAAGAAAAAAUGACACUAAGAAAACAUAAAAAAAAGAAUUUUGAUGUUAUAAUAAAAAUGCAUAAACUUAUUGAUGAUUUUAAAAAACUAGAUAAAAUUUUAAGAAAGAUUAAACAAAGAGAUGAGAAAAAAUUGUUAUUAUUGCAGUUAAAUGCCAUUUUAUUUGAUCAAAGAAAAAAUGAAAUAAAAGAUAAAACAUAUGUUUGCCCUAUGUGGAAUUAUUUCAAAGAUUAUAAGAUAGAAAAGAUUUAUAAAAAAUUUAAAAAGGAUAAAUUUUAUAAAAAUUUAUACAAUAAUAUUAAUAAUAAUUCUUUGCAUAAUAAAAAAAUAAACAAAAAAUUAAAGAGUUACGGGAGAAAUGAGCAAAUGAAUAUUUUAAAGGUCAAUCCAAAUGAAUAUAAAAACGUAGUUUUAAUCAAAAGAAGAGGGAGAAGUAAUAGAAUGUGGAUAGAUAGAAAAUAUGUUGAUGACAUUAAUAAUAAUGAUAUAGAUUACUGUGAUUUAUCUUACACUUUUAAUGAUUUUGUUGAAGCUUCAUUAAAUUUAAAAAAAAAUUAUGAAGAAGAUGUAUCUAAUUAUCUUUCAGGAUACAAUAUACCCUUAAAAUUAAAUGUGCAAAAAGAAAAAGUAAGAAAUUUAUAUUGUAACUUAUUUAAUGAGGAAAACGAUUUUUCUCAUGAAAAUUAUGAAGAAAUAAACAAGGAAAGAAAAAAAGAAAAUGUUUUACAUGAUCAAGAUUAUUCACAGUCAUUAAGAAUGGAAUCAUUAGAUAGGCCUUUUAAAAGUAAAGAUACGUAUUUAGAUAAUAAAAAAAGUAAUAUAAAUGUUAAAAAUAAUGAUGCAAAAUCUUCUGAUUUAUUUUUAUUCAAAAUUGAUGAACAAUCUAAUAAUAAAAAUGAUACCAAAAAUAAUAUAAUAGAUAUAGAGGAGUUCCACAAAACUUUCGAUGACAAGAAAAAUGAAGGAUUUAUUUUGAAUAAUGAAAAGGUAAAUACAACGAAUAAUUUUGAAUUAAUUAAUAAUAAUAAUAAUUGUGAAUCAACAAAUUAUGCUAAUAAGCAAAACAACAAAACUAUUUUCCAUUUUGAAGAUAUUAUUGACCCUUUAGUGAAUAAAGAUAAUUAUAUCUUUUGUUUAAGUAAAUAUGUUUAUAUACAAAAAAGAAUAUUAUUUUAUCUAGAAAAUUUAUUGAAUUUUGAUAAUUUUAAUUUUAAAAGUAAAAAAAAAGAUAAUAAUUUAAAUUCUUCUCAAAAUGCCACACAAAAUAAAAAUAAUACAGCACCAAAAACCUCUAACAGUAAAAAUACUAAAGAUGCUAAAUGA